UAAGGAGGGAUAAUCCGUCGGAGUCAUAGUUGACAAUCCCUCCAGUGUUGUUGCUGAAGGAAGAAGCCCCUGAUGAGAAACCGGUUCCGCCGGCAGAAGAAGGUACAGACUACGCCAAUGGCGGCUUCUCUGCAACUGAGCGCGAGGCCAUUCAAACCUCACUUUCAAUCAAAAUCACUCUCCAAACCCUCUUCUAUCAGAUUGGCUACUAUCCGCUGCUCCGCCGCAACACCCCCAAAGCGAUACUCCAUCACUCUCCUUCCCGGCGAUGGCAUCGGCCCUGAAGUCAUCUCUGUUGCUAAGAACGUUCUCAAGCUUGCUGGCUCUCUUGAAGGUAUCGAAUUUGGGUUCCAAGAGAUGCCUGUGGGUGGAUGUGCCUUGGAUUUGACUGGAGUUCCACUACCGGAGGAGACCCUUUUGGUGGCUAAGCAAUCUGACGCAGUUCUUCUUGGAGCCAUUGGGGGGUACAAAUGGGACAGUAAUGAAAAGCAUUUGAAGCCAGAGACUGGAUUGCUUCAGCUACGAUCUGGUCUUAAGGUCUUUGCAAAUUUGAGGCCAGCAUCUGUACUACCACAGUUAGUGGACGCUUCAACUUUAAAGAAAGAGGUUGCUGAGGGUGUUGACUUAAUGGUUGUACGGGAGCUUACGGGAGGUAUUUAUUUUGGAAAGCCAAGGGGUUUUAGCAAAAAUGAAAAUGGCGAGGAGAUCGGUUUUAAUACUGAAGUUUAUGCUACUUAUGAGAUUGAUCGCAUUGCUCGCAUUGCUUUUGAGACUGCUCAAAAGCGACGAGGAAAACUUUGUUCUGUUGACAAAGCAAAUGUCUUGGAGGCAUCAAUGCUUUGGAGGAAAAGAGUCACAGCAAUGGCUUCAGAGUACCCUGAUGUCGAACUCUCACACAUGUAUGUUGACAAUGCUGCAAUGCAGCUUGUUCGUAAUCCCAAACAGUUUGAUACUAUUGUAACAAACAACAUAUUUGGCGAUAUUUUAUCCGAUGAGGCUUCAAUGAUCACUGGGAGUAUUGGGAUGCUUCCGUCAGCUAGUGUUGGCGAAUCGGGGCCUGGACUUUUUGAACCAAUACAUGGUUCUGCUCCUGAUAUUGCUGGACAGGAUAAAGCAAACCCAUUAGCAACUGUGCUGAGUGCUGCGAUGCUUCUGCGGUAUGGUCUAGGUGAAGGAAAUGCUGCUAAGAGAAUUGAGACAGCAGUGUUGGAUACCCUAGAUGGGGGCUUUCGGACCGGAGACAUAUACGAAGCUGGAACUAAGCUGGUAGGAUGCAAGGAGAUGGGUGAAGAAGUGCUGAAGGCAGUAGAAUCUCAAAUACCUGCUGCUGUAUGAACUGAAACCAGAUGAACCUGCAAGCAUUUCAAGGACUACAAGUCAGUUCCACCAUUGUUUUUGCAUUGGCCGUUUUGGUCUCUAAUCCUGCCCUUCUUCUCUCUCUCUCUCGCUAAUUAUCUUAUCUUUAUAAUAAUUUCUGAUUUUGGAAUUUAUUGGUGUUAGCAUUUAAGAGUGUUUCUGUGGUUAUUUAUUGUUAGGUAUUAAAAGCUGUUGCCAGUUAAAGUUGAGGACCUGGUUAUUAA